CAUGGCCGCCGACACAAACAACUCGUGCAUUUUAUGCGAGUCAAUUGCCGGCGAAAAUAGCCUUCUAAUCGCCGACCUAGACAAGAAUAAAUUUGCAAAUUGGUGGCUUGAGAACUUCGAUGUCGAAAUAGAAAAGUCUGUGCUCGAUGGAAAGUCGGCCCGCGUCUGCAAAUUCUGCAUCCACGAUGCUCGAAAUACUGUUGGUUCAGACCGAAUCCAAAGAGAAAUUCCAAUUGAUUGGUGGACAGUCGCUUCCUGUGAUUCAAGUAACAGUGGUCAAGAACAUCAACAAUUCUGCGACCUGGUCUUAGAACCACUGAAAAAUGAUGAAGUUGCGCUAUUUUCAGCUACAAACUCGUCAAGCAGGACAUUAGACGGACACUCUUCUGGCUCUGGCCAAGUUAUAAAAUAACAGAAGUUCCAAAAAACUGCGACGUGGUCUUGGAACCCCUAGGAAACGAUGGAGUCGCCAUAUCUAGGGCCAGAAAAUCAUUAAGCAGGAAAUCAGACAGACACUUUUCUGGCUCUGGCCCAGAAUUUCCAAAAAACUGCUACGUGGUCUUGGAACCCCUAGGAAAUGAUGAAGUCGCCACAUCUACGGCCAGAAAAUCAUCAAGCAGGAAAUCAGAAAAACAAAUACACUCUUCUGGCUCUGGUCAAGAAAUUCUAAGAAACUUCUACGUGGUCUUGGAGCCCUUCGCACACGAUGAAGUUGCCUCAUCUUCAGCUACGAACUCAUCAAGCAGGACAUCAGGCGACCACUCUUCUGGCUCUAUGAAGAAGGCUAAAAGUAAAUCAUUUCCUGGCAAUAAAUCACCAAUCGCUAGGGCACCAAGAGAUAAGGAUAAGAAGUUAUAUUACACCUGCUUUUACUGUCAUCGUCGAACUGCCCACAUGAUUGAUCAUUUGAAAAUUGUUCAUAAAUUGAAAUGUGUGGCACAAUGUCGUCAAGGCCUUUGCCGCCAGUAUCUUGCACCACAAGAUUUACAGCCCCACAUUUCAAAAUAUCACUUCGGCGGCAAUGUCUUGAUUUGCGAAGUAUGCAAAUAUGUUUUCACAAAUAGUAUUCACCAUAAACUGCAUGUUAAAUAUGCUCACAGAGAUGUGAAGGCAGAAUAUGAAAAAUUGAUAAAUGUCAUAAGGGAGAUUAAAUUUUACAAAGCUAAAUUAGUCCGUCCUGAAGCAUUUGCAGAGUGGGAACAGACCAUUCAAAUUGUCUUUGUAAAAUGCGUCUUUUGCAAUGAAGAGUUCAAGUGCAUCGAUGCGCUAAAAAAGCACGUAGAGUUCUCUCAUAAGGACAUUGAUGCAAUAAUGUGCACUUAUCCUGACUGCAAUGAGUUUUUUGAUCUCAAGGAUGACUUGGUGACCCAUUUGAAAACUGCACAUCCGUAUCUUACGGAGGGAAAGUUAGAAAUUGGGGGGGAAAGCAAAACGGCCUACUUUAAAUGCAAUUUUUCUGGGAAGUGUAAUACAAUUUUCAAAUCAGACGAAGAAGUGGCAGAGCACAUUUUUAAUGAGCAUACAGACAGUUUGGGUAUGAGAACUGCUUGCUUCUAUUGUAAAAUGUUUGUGUUUCAUAAGUCAAUGAGCACCCACCUCAAAAAAGUGCACCAUGCCACUGACGUAUUGAAAUGCCCUGCUUUUGACUGCCAUCAAAUGUACUUAGAAUAUGCUGAUUGGUGGACGCACCUUGAAUCUUACCACAAAGACCAGUUCAAAACUGCGACCGAUGUCAAGACAUCACAUAUAUUACUUGACGGUGAAAUUUGUUGCCAAAUAUGCAACAAUAAAUAUAAAUCUGAUCUUGCUUUUUUAUUGCAUUUGAAGCAAUUUCAUAAAUUUGAAACAGUUCUGUCGGAAACAUCUUUCAAGAACAUUUUUAGGAAAUGCACUGAAUGCCCACUUUACUUUCAGACCAAAAUGGCCCUGAGCAUUCACUUGAAGCAUGUUCAUGAAAAAGCAGAGGGAUUGCCAAGUUUUUUUAAUGCUUCCGAGUCUCUGAUGCAAAGUGAGGUCCCUGUAAAUUCCCAAAGUAAGGACGUCUUAGAUCCAAAAAGAUUAGCUGAACCAACAUUAACCCCCGUACCUGCCGAGCAAACUUUGCCACUGACAUAUGUGUCUGAAGCUUCGGAGUCUCUUUCCCAGAGUGCCUCCAAUGAGCUAAAUGCAGAAAAUGAAACACAAACAACAAUAGAACAGACCGUAUGCGUUUACUGUGAUGUUGAAUACGAAGACUUAAAAGAACAUUUACUCUCCAUUCAUAAACUGAAAAAUGUGGCAAAAUGUACUCACAGUGGCUGCAGCCAAUACUUGGCAUGUGAGGAUUUGGAGUCGCACAUUGAAAAUCAGCACACAGUCCAAGACAUGUCUAGAUGUUUAAUUUGCAGAAUUUGCAAAAAACUAUUCAUAAAUCAUGUGUAUCACAAGUUGCAUAUGAGGUAUGCUCACGAAUUGGAUUCUGCAGAAAUAAAUUCAAGUUGUUCCAAGGAAACAAAUCAAAUUAACAAACCAGAUGUAUAUCUGAGGCAGAGAGCAAGUGGAGCAAUCCUAGUUUCUUGUAUCUUUUGUAACAAACGUGUUGCUGGUCACUUACUAAUAAACCACAUUCGACUUGUUCACAAGCGAAUUGAUGAAAGAAGGUGCCACUAUCCAGACUGUCAUGAGGUGUUUGAAUUGGAGGGUGACUUAGUAACUCAUUUGAAAAGAGAACACCCUUAUCUGACAGAGAAAAAAUUUGAACCUGACGGGCAAAUUGGUUGCUGGAGCACUGAGAUCCUUAAGUAUGGCUAUAAAUUUGCUGAUUGCCAUACAAAUUUUGCAAAUUACAAAGAGUUUGAAGAGCACAUAUAUAACAAGCACUCUGAUUGUUUGGGCAAAAAAAUGUCUUGCUUCUAUUGUAAGAAAUACUGUACUUAUGCGGCAAUGAGCUACCACCUCUUUAAAGUUCACAAUGCGUCUGACAUCUUAAAAUGCCCGGUUGAGGGCUGCUUUCAAAUGUUCAUAGAAUAUAGUGAUUGGUGGGCUCAUAUUAAAAAAUAUCAUAAACACUUUUUCAAAUUUGACGAUUCCAUUGAUGCACGAAAAAAAUUAUUAUAUUUUGAAGUCGAAACAACAGCAUUGCGUUGCAACCAAUGCCAGUUCAUCUUCCAUGCCCAGAAAAGUUUUGUUACUCACUUGAAGCAAUAUCAUAAUUACAAAACAUACGAUUUUGCACAACUUGCAUUAGAACCUCUUAGGAAGUGCCUAGAUUGCAAACUUUCCUUAAGGAGUAGAGUAGGUAUGGAAAUUCACAUCAAAUAUGCUCAUAAAUAUACCAACAUAGAACCAAACGUCGCACCAAGGACUCCUGAAGUUUCAAAGUUAAUGGUGGCGAUGAAGGGCUCCUCAUGCCUCCAAAAUGUGAUUCCGCUUAAUUCGGACAAUCAAAUAAGAAUAGACAAACAAGUAACUCAGCAGGGGGGAAAUAGUCAAGCUAAUAUUACAAAUAUUGUGCAAAUAAUUGCUUGGCCCUUGUGUGAUACAAAUAUUGCUGCAGUUAAAUCAAGUGUAGACUGCUCUAAAUAUCAUGGUGGUGCAAAAGGGUCCUUGGAGCAAAUUCUUUCGGAGCAUGACUACUUUACUAAGUUUCCCUUUGGUUGCGUUUCAGGAAAUAAAACUGUGAUAGAAAGUAAAGAAAAUGAACCCCAGUCAGAUGAUCAAAAUUUUCCAGUAGAUUCCAAUCCUGAUUUACUUUCUCUUAAAAAGUCAAGCAGGUCAAGACAUGCCACAAAGAUCCACGCUGAAACGAAUAAAACUGAGGUUGAAGGGCCUACUUGCAUAUACUGCAAUUAUGUAGGCCAGGAUUUUCCACAGCAUUUUUUCUCUUUUCACAAACUGAAAACUAUUAUGAAAUGUGGUUACAACUUUUGCAAAGACCAAUUCACAUUAGAAGAUUGGCAAAUGCAUAUGAAAAAUGAACACACAGGCAAGUGUCCCCCUGAAUAUGAUUUCAAAUGCAGAAUGUGCAAUAAAUGUUUCGCAAACGAGGUCCAUCAUAAGUUGCACACAAGGUAUGCUCACAGGGAUAAGAAAUCUCUCGGGCCUUAUUUCGAACUAGAAUUCCAUGCUACAAAAAAAAUAUGCUCUCGGGGAGCAUUGCAGGAAAAUGAAGAUAAUUUAAUGUUAGAAAUAACUUGUAUCUUCUGCGGAAAAAUUGUUAAGAGCCGUUGGAUAAAUAGUCAUUUAAGAAACAUGCAUAGUGAUAUCAAAAUCAUACAUUGCUCAUACCCAAAAUGCUAUGAAGUUUUUGACGUAAAGUCUGAUUUGAUUGAGCAUUUGAAAAGUGACCACCCGUACAUCCUGGAAAUAAAUAAUUAUUUGGAGGAAACUUUUAGUGAGAUUGAUAAGCCUGAAAUAAAAUGUAGUUUUAGUAGCUCGUGUUCUAGAGAAUUCAAGACAGUCGAGGCAAUGAAAGAGCACAUUUUAAAUUUCCAUGCCCUUGAUUUGGGCAGCAAAAUGCCUUGCUUGUUUUGCGGCAGGUAUUUUUCUUACGGAAAAGCUUUGAAUGGCCACCUGCAGAUCAAACACCCCCACUGGCCAGUACUUGAAUGUUAUGUUUUUGGCUGUUAUCAAAUGUUCAAGGAUUAUACUGAUUUGUGGGCACAUGUUCAGUCCAAACACCCAAAAUCUUACAAAGUGGAAACUCUGGGAAAUUCCCCACAUUUUGAUAUUCUCAUUGGUGAUGGAAACAAUGUUUGCAAACAUUGCGGAGAGCAGUUGAAAAAAACUGGAAGGUUUGACGUUAUGAGACAUUUGAGAGAAACUCAUCACUACUCAAAGUACAAUUUUGACCAUUUCGAAUUGGCAUUUAAUAAGCAGUGCCCCAAAUGCCCAAUUAUUUUUAAGGAGAAAAAAGGCCUGGAUGCUCAUGUGGAAUAUAAACAUCCAAAAUUAUCGAGACCAACCAAACGUAAACGUAGUUGCAAUGAUGAAGAGGUUUCGGAGAUGGCUGAAAACCCAGUAGAGUGCAACAGUGGAGAAGUGCAUUCGGACACUGAUACCGCUUCUGAGAAUGGAGAUUCGUCAAUGAGUGAUUGUAAACGAGUAAAAAUCGAAUAUGACGAAGAAGAAGUUGAAGUCAAAAUUGAACCAGAAUCUGACUAUCCCCUCGAAUUCGGCAAUGAAAAUCUCAAUCAAAAUGAACCACGACCAAACUCCUCCGAUUUUGACACACAAUGUUUUGCACCGCCUGCCUCUUUUCCAACUGUUGACUCUGCAGAUAUUGCUAUAGAGAGCAUUUAUUUCCAACAGUAGAACCAAAGCUGAAAUUAGCUGGUAAUGGAAAAAUGUAAAAUUCCUCUUUUGAAAAAAAAGCAGGUCUCAUCAACACAUUCAGAAAUUGAUAGGUUGUUUUGUAUUAGUUAUAAGCGGUUGUAAGAAAAUUGUUUCUAACACUUUUUGAGUUUUAAAGCCUUCCAAAUUAAAAAAAUAGGUUCAAGGCUAACUGAUUGUAAAAUUAAGUUAGCUCCUAGUUAGAUUUAAGACAAAUAAGUCGUUGUAUCAUGCAUGUUGAAUGUAAAACCAAUAAACUUGCUGCAAAAUUCAGCAUUAUA